AUGAUAUGUCACCAAUCACAUCCAGAAGUGCUAAUAUUACUAAGGCUUUUAUCAAGUGGGAGUUUUCAAAGAGUAAUUGCCAGCCGUAGACUUCGCCAGUUUUGCAAGUAUUUUAUCCACCACUAUCGCUACCUUGUCAAAUGGUAUGAAAGUCCAGAAGAAAUGAUGGAAAUAAAGAGAAAGUUCUUUCAAUCAUAUGGAGUUAAAGGUCUUCUUGGAGUAGUAGAUGGAACGAUGAUACAAAUUAAAGGAGCCACUGGGCCUGAUGAGCCAGCAUAUAUUUGCAGAAAAAGAUAUCCUGCUUUAAACUGUCAAGUUGUGAUUGAUCAUGAUGGGAAGUUUAGUGAUGUUGUUGUAAAGUAUCCUGGAUCCUGUCAUGAUGCUUUUAUUUUUUCAAAUUCUGCAUUAAAACAGACAUUUGAAGAUGAUCCUAGUGCAGGAUUGGAAUUUCUAGAUGACAUCAACUUUGAGGAUAACGAGGAAGAUAAUUUACAUAAUAUUCAGACUGAGUUUUCACAUGCCAACCAAAUACAACUUGGUAUUUAA